AUGGCAGCAUGCCUCCCGACACUUCGAAGCAGAGUGCGCCCUGACGCUUUCAAGUGCUUGCACCGCGACUUCAGGUCACUUGCCGCCAAUCGUACCAACCACGCCAACAACACAGCCAACGGAGAGAAGAGGGACAAGCUAGCCCAGAGGGACUUCUUCUUUGACCUUCUCAAUGCAAGUUCGACCCGUAGAGACGCCAAACAAUACCUGGCCCGCUUCAAACCAACCCUCGACAACAAACCCAAGAAACCACUCGUCGUCCACGAUGCAAAGGAAACAAAGCAACAAUGGCAACUCCAGAGGUCUGGUGUCAACCUUGGCCAGCUGUACCUCCCUACCCAAGCUGCUGCUGCCACACCGACCUUCUCCCAGUACGUAGAGCAAGAGACGCAGGUACAACGAGGUGCCGGAGAGAUACACGUCGCACUGGUCUGUCUGAGGGCUCCUCAUCUGAUUGAUGAUGAGACACUAGAUGGCAUCGCUCUGACCAUGGCUCAAUUGGUCCGUCUCGACAUGCAGAUCGUGCUCGUGCUCAAUUGCGAAGACGAGAUUGUGCAAACGAACGAGUCAUACAGAGAGACAUACCGACGCCAGGGAAGCAGAGUAGUCGCUGCAUUGGAGCGUCACAACAACGAGGGUGCUCGUUAUGUCGAGUCUGCCCUCAAUGUUACUAGCCAGGAGCCAAUGCCAGCUUCACGUCCCAAAGUCAUGGGUGCUGUAGAGCUUGGUGUGUCCAAACUUAUAACAGAGCCACUGAAGCGAAGCGCUAUCCCCGUCAUGCCUGCAAUGGCUUAUGACACGACUUGCAAGGUCCAGAAUGUGUCUGUCAGCGGUGUUAUGCUGGCCCUAACACGCGCCUUGUCUGGUUUGGCCACUGUUACUGGUACACAAGACGAGCUACUCGAGGACACCUCAGUGGACAGAAUCAUCAUGCUCGAUCCUCUAGGCGGUCUCCCCACAGAAACUCGACAGGACCAGGCUCAUGUCUUUGUCAACCUUGAGCAGGAGUACGACAUGAUUCGUGACGAGAUCCAGUCCUGCGGCAUGAGCCCUCAUCACCUCGAUACUCUCAGUCUGGUCAGAGACUGCUUGGCUCUGCUUCCCCCUGCUUCAUCAGCCUUGCUCAUAUCCCCCGAAGAAGCAGCCAUCUCUUCGCAUCAUUCUCGCAAGGACCAAGCCAUUGGUAUCACGACUCGACGACAAAAGAAUCCUCUGAUUCACAAUCUGCUCACCAACAAACCUCUUAUCUCUUCAUCUCUACCUGCCGCCCGCCUCUCAGCUAACGGGAUAAUACCUUCAAUGUCCUCUGAGAAUCCCACCCGCUCCACACUCGUCAAGCGCGGUAUGCCCCUGAUGAUCGUCCCCGAUCUCCGAAACACACCUUGGACACCACCCAAAUCAGGCGAACCCACCAUCGCCCUAGACAACCACCCAGACAUCAANUUUCCCCGUCUCGUCGCCUUGAUCGAAGACUCCUUCCGCAGACCCCUCGAUGCCCAACACUACCUCAACCGCAUCAAGAAUCGCGUAGCCGGCGUCAUCAUCGCCGGAGAAUAUGAAGGCGGUGCCAUCUUGACCUGGGAAGAACCACGAACACUUGAUUUCAAACAGUCAGGAGCCGACGCGGAUCCCAACCGCUUGGUACCCUAUCUCGACAAGUUCGCCGUGCUCCAGCGCUCUCAAGGCAGUUCUGGUGUGGCGGAUAUUGUGUUCCAAGCCAUGGUGCGCAGUUGCUUCCCUGAUGGCGUUUGCUGGCGAUCGCGCUCCAACAAUCCUGUUAACAAGUGGUACUUUGAGCGGUCCAGGGGGACAUGGCAUCUGCAGGAUACCCAGUGGACCAUGUUCUGGACGAACCCGGAUCUAGUGGCCGAUCAACAGCGCUGGGAGGGGUACGUGUCGGUGUGUAGAAACAUCGAACCCAGUUGGGCAGACAACAAGGCUAAGCCUGAUUGA